CCAGGCCCGGCUCGGCCGAUCCAUAUGCCAGGUAAUGCUAUCAUGGCUGGGUUGCCUGCCCAGCCGCCCGUGCACGUUGAGCCUGCCCUGGGAGUUGGCUUGACACCCAACGAGACGGCGGCCCAGAACAUCCGGAUUGCACAGAAUAACAAAGCAUACGAGCCACAGAAUUUCAAGCCCGCUGACCCCGACCCGUACCGCCUGUACUGGUUCCGCGAGCUGAACGGUCACUGGGCGGUCUUCCCCCGUCGCCAAAUCGAUCGGCUCAAUGCACGCUGGUAUCGCACCGAUGAGGGCGUCUUCUACGCUGUCCGUCUUUCGGAUUGAAGCAGCUUACGAGUGCUUACUGCACCGCUCUCGGUGAGUUAGUCACCCGUACUCAGCUCUCGUGUUGUUUUAGGUACUGAUAGAAUGUCCCAAGUUGAGUCGACAACCAUCUCUCAAUUUCUGCGGCCCGUCUGCUCGUUGGCUGCAGCAGUGCG